AUGGCCUCCCAGAAACGAUUCAACAGGUUUUUGCAUGUGCCAGGCGUGCCAAUCGACCCGCCACCGCCAAAAGCCUCGCUAGACGACGCCGACCUCAUCCCGGAGGCAACGGCCAACUUCGUUGACAUUCUCACCUUCGGCUGGGUUACUGGCCUCCUCGGACUUGGUUACGCAAGACCCCUCGAGGACACGGAUCUCUACAAACUCCAAGACCACCGGUCUUCUCAAGUGAUCGCCGACAAGAUCCUUGCUUCGUUCGAUCGCCGCCAAGAGGCCGCAGAUGCGUACAACACCCGCCUCGCCGCAGGGGAGAUCAAGCCUGGCUGGCGGUCCCUCUGGUGGACGCUCAGAGGCAACCGGCCAGAGAGAGAAAAAAGGUGGAGACAGAAGGACGGACGGCAACGGGCGAGUCUUGCCUUUGCAUUGAACGACAGCAUUGCGUGGUGGUACUGGUCCGGAGGGCUCCUGAAGCUCUCUGCAGAUAUAACAUCUACGUUAAGUCCGUUGGUGGUCAAGGCAUUGAUCAGCUUUGGUACAACUUCCUACUACAUCAGUGCACACCAAGCAGGCGCCUACGACGAGAUUCCCCCAAUCGGCCGAGGCGUCGGUCUCGCCAUCGGCCUGCUCCUCAUGCAAGUCCUGACCUCGCUCUGCACGCACCACUUCUUCUAUCGCGCGACGAGCACGGGCGUGCUCCUCCGGGGCGGGCUCAUCACCGCGAUCUACUCGCGCUCGCUGCGCCUGACGACGCGCGCGCGCACGGUGCUCACGAACGGCAAGCUCGUGAACCACAUCUCGACGGACGUCUCGCGCAUCGACUUCUGCUGCGGGUUCAUGCAGAUGGGCCUGACCGCGCCCGUGCAGAUGGCCAUCUGCCUCGUCAUCCUCAUCAUCAACCUCGGGCCCAGCGCGCUCGCGGGCUUCGCGUUCUUCGUGCUGUGCACGCCGCUCCAGACGCUCGCGAUGCGGCGCCUGAUGCGCCUGCGCAUGAAGAGCAUGGGCUGGACGGACAAGCGGAGCAAGCUGCUGCAGGAGCUCCUGGGCGGGAUGAAGAUCAUCAAGUAUUUCAGCUGGGAGGUGCCGUACCUCCGCAAGGUCGAGGAGCUCCGGGGCAAGGAGAUGGGCUACAUCAGGAACUUGCUGCUGAUCAGGAGCGCGAACAACGCGAUCGCGAUCAGCUUGCCGACGCUGGCGAGCGUGCUGAGCUUCAUCGUGUAUAGCCUGGCGGGCCAUUCGCUGAACGCGGCGGAUAUAUUCUCGAGCCUGACGCUGUUCAACUUGCUGCGCAUGCCGCUCAUGUUCUUGCCUUUGGCCAUCAGCUCGACCGCCGACGCCCAGAACGCCAUCGAACGUCUGUACGGCGUCUUCGAGGCGGAGAUAGUCCAAGACACGCAACUCCAGGACCCUACACUCCCCGUGGCAGUCGACGUCGUCGACGCGUCCUUACCUGGGAAGAGCCCCAAGUCCAAUGCCUUCAGCGGCCUGAAGAACAAGAAGCGCAAGAAGGGUCUGCCCUCGCCCUCGUCACCCACCUCCGGCGCGCAGACACCCAAGGUCGUCGACCGCAUCUUCAGCAUGUCGGAUAUCACGCUGUCGAUCCCGCGCGGCCAGCUCUGUGCGAUCGUGGGGCCCGUCGGCUCGGGGAAGACGUCGCUCCUCCAGGCCAUCAUCGGGGAGAUGCGCCGGACGAGCGGGCGCGUGGCGUUCAAUGGCAGCAUCGCGUAUUGCCCGCAGAGCGCGUGGAUCCAGAACGCAACCGUGCGCGAGAACAUCUGCUUCGGGCGCGCGUUCGACGAGGCGCGUACUGGGGGGCGCCUGAGCGGCGGGCAGAAGCAGCGGCUGAACAUCUGCCGCGCGAUCUACGUCGGCGCGGAGAUCCAGAUCUUCGACGACCCGCUCAGCGCGCUCGACGCGCACGUCGGGCGGAGCGUGUUCCAGAACGUGCUCCUGGACGCGCCCGCGGGGACGACGCGCAUCCUCGUCACGCACGCGCUGCACUUCCUCCCGCAGGUGGACUACAUCUGCACCGUCGUCGACGGGCGCCUUGCCGAGCGCGGGACGUACGCGGAGCUCCUUGAGAGCGGCGGGGAGUUCUCGCGGUUCGUGCGCGAGUUCGGCGCGAAGGAGAAGAGGGAGGAGGAGGAAGAGGAUGUGGUCGAAGAGGUGGUGGCGGAGAAGAAGGACAAGGGCGAAAGCAGCGUGAACGGCGCGGUUUAUCGACAGUACAUGCAUGCCGGACGGGGAGAGAUCCUGGUUCCGCUCCUCAUCCUGUCGGUCGCCCUGCUGCAAGGCACUCAGGUUAUGAGCUCGUAUUGGCUGGUCUACUGGGAAGAGAACAAAUGGCCGUAUGGAUCGGGCUUUUACAUGGGCAUAUACGCGGGCCUCGGCGUUGGUCAAGCAAUAUCCUUCUUCUUCGUAGGCUUAUGUUUCGCCUUGUUGACGUAUAUUGCGUCAAAGAAGCUGCAUAAUGACGCACUAACCAGGGUUAUGUACGCGCCCAUGUCAUUCUUCGAGACUACGCCUCUGGGUCGGAUCAUGAACCGAAUCGACACCGUUGAUAACUUGCUCAGCGACUCUAUGCGGAUGCUUGUCUCGACACUGGCAACCAUCGUCGGCGCCAUCAUUCUAAUCGGCAUAGUUAUCCCGUGGUUCCUCAUUGCCGUCGGCGCGGUCCUCAUCUGCUACGUCUGGGCGGCGUUUUUCUACCGCGCGAGCGCCCGCGAGUUGAAGCGACUGGAUGCCAUCCUUCGCUCGUCGCUCUACAGCCACUUCUCGGAGUCGCUCUCUGGUCUGGCCACGAUCCGCGCGUACGGCGAGACGUCGCGGUUCUUGGCGGACAACAGGAAGCGCGUCGACAUCGAGAAUCGUGCCUAUUGGUUGACGGUCACGAACCAGCGAUGGCUCGGUAUCCGGCUCGACAUGAUGGGCAUCAUCCUCACCUUCGUAGUGGCGAUCCUGUCCGUCGCCUCGCGCUACACCAUCUCGCCCUCGCAGAUGGGUGUUGUGUUGAGCUACAUCAUCAGCGUCCAGCAGGCGUUUGGGUGGCUGGUGAGACAGACGGCGGAAGUCGAGAACGACUUCAACAGCGUCGAGCGUAUCAUUUACUACGCGAACGAGCUGGAACAGGAGUCUCCGCAUAGCCUCCCAGACCGCACGCCGCCUGCGCCAUGGCCCCCGUCGUACAGGCCCGAGCUCCCUGCGGUGAUCAAGGGCCUGUCGAUGUCCAUCCGUCCAGGCGAGAAGGUCGGCAUCGUGGGGCGUACGGGCGCAGGCAAGAGCUCGAUCAUGACGGCGCUGUACCGUCUGGUCGAGCUGACCUCGGGCUCGAUCGUCAUCGACGGUGUCGACAUUUCGACGCUGGGCUUGGGCGACUUGCGCCAGGGCCUCGCGAUCAUUCCUCAGGAUCCUGUGAUUUCUGGUACACUGCGGAGUAAUCUGGACCCGUUUGGAUACCAUGACGAUGCGCGGUUGUGGGACGCGUUGAAGCGCGCGUACCUCAGCGUGAACACUUCUAACCGGUUCUCGCUCGAUAGCCCCAUCGAAGACGAGGGUGGCAAUCUCUCCAUUGGCCAGCGGUCCCUCGUUUCGCUCGCCCGCGCGCUCGUGAAGGAGUCCAAGAUCCUUAUUCUGGACGAAGCCACGGCAUCCGUGGAUUAUGAAACGGAUCGGAAGAUUCAGGACACGAUCGCAGUCGAGUUCCGGGACAGGACGAUCCUGUGCAUAGCGCACCGGUUGCGGACGAUCAUUGGCUACGACCGCAUCUGCGUCAUGGAUGCCGGCGGCAUCGCAGAGUUCGACACGCCUGCGAACCUUUACAGGAUGUCUGACGGCAUCUUCCGCGGAAUGUGCGAGCGGUCGACGAUCACGUUGGAGGACAUUCUGUACGCGGCGAAGGCGCGGAUGGUGGACGAGAAGCGGGUGUCUGUAGAGGCACCGAUGAGCACGCACAGCGACUACGACGAAAAGGCUGGCACUGAAGUUGACGAGGUUUGAUAGCACGCGCGGGAAAACACAGGCCCAAAGUGGCUGUCAU